AUGGCUACUUCAUAUCCAAGGAUAAUCCGUGGAAUCACCGUUGAUCGAUUGGAUAAGUUUACUUCACCUGAUUAUUUUUCAGACGUGAACCUAUAUUCUCAACUAUAUAAAAACCGAGUAAAUCCCACAACCUGCGAAGGUUGCAUUGAACUUGCCGUUUUUUCUGUCCCAGACCUUAAACGUGUCACUUUUGAAGAAGCAAAAAACGCCCAUUAUAAGCCAUCAAAACUUGGCGAAAGUUUUGGUCCAAGUUGGUCAACUCAUUGGUUUCGUGUUAAUGUUCAAAUUCCGAAUAAUUGGGUUAAUGAAGAAGUUCAAUUAUUAUGGAAUGCAAAUAAUGAAGGAAUGGUAUGGACUAUUGAUGGACUUCCUCUACAAGGGCUUACUGGCGGAGGAGGUGAUGAUCGAAGGGUAGAAUAUGUUCUUACAAAAAAUUCCAAAGGUGGCGACAAAUUUGAAUUUUAUAUUGAAAUGGCAUGUAAUGGGAUGUUUGGCAAUGCUGAUAAUGGUGGUAUAAAUCCGCCAAACCCUAAUAGAUAUUUCAAACUAGAGACAUUGGAAUUAGUGGUUCGAAAUGAGGAGGCAUGGAAUCUCUUUUAUGAUUUUCAAAUAAUCAGGGGCGUAGUUAAAGAUCUUCCUGCAAAUUCUGUGAGAUCCGCACAAGCUUUAACUACAGCAAACAGCAUAAUCAACAAAUUUCAACUUGGAAAUGAUGAAUCAAUUAAAGAAUGUAGAAAAAUAGCAAAGAAAUUUUUCGAGAAUAAAAAUGGUAGUUCCCAACAUAAUUUAAUUGCUGUAGGUCAUUGUCACAUAGAUACUGCUUGGCUUUGGCCAUUUGAUGAGACAAAACGUAAAGUGGCUAGAAGUUGGUCUACACAAAUUGGAUUGAUGGAUCAAUACCCUGAUUAUAAAUUUGUUUGCUCUCAAGCACAACAAUAUGAAUGGCUUAAAGAUUAUUAUCCUAACCUAUUUGAAAGAGUUAAAGAAAAGGCCACAAAUGGACAAUUCCUACCAAUCGGAGGGACUUGGGUUGAAAUGGAUUGUAAUAUUCCAAGUGGCGAAUCAUUUUGUAGACAAUUUUUAUAUGGCCAACGAUUCUUUGAAAAAACUUUCGGUAAAAAAUGUAAGGUGUUUUGGCUUCCAGAUACCUUUGGUUAUUCAGCACAAUUACCACAAAUAAUUCAAAGUUCCGGAAUGAAAUAUUUCUUUACACAAAAAUUGUCAUGGAAUAAUAUUAAUAAGUUUCCAAAUACCACAUUUCAUUGGAUUGGGCUUGAUGGUAGUAAGGUUUUGACACACAUGUGUCCUAGCGAGACAUACGUUGCACAAUGUACAGUUGGAGAACUUGUCAAAAGUGUUAAUAAUCAUAAUGAUAAAGAGUAUAGUAAUGAAAGUUUACUUGUUUUUGGUAAUGGUGAUGGUGGCGGCGGACCAUUAUCUAGUAUGAUUGAACGUUUAAAUCGUUUAAAAGAUAUUGAUGGGCUUCCAAAAGUAGAGAUGGGAUCUGCAGACGAAUUUUAUGAAAGACUUGAAAAAAAUUCAAAGGAAUUGAUGUCUUGGAAAGGAGAAUUGUAUUUCGAACUCCAUAGAGGUACCUAUACAUCUCAUGGAUAUGCAAAAAAAUACAAUCGUAAAUGUGAAUUAUUAUUGCGAGAUGUUGAAUUGCUCUCCACCAUAUCUUAUUAUACUGAACCAAAAGAUAACAAAAAUCAAUUUCAUGAUGUUUUGCCUGGAUCUUCAAUUGAAAUGGUCUAUGAUGAUGCAUAUAAGUUUUAUGAAGAAGUCGAGAAAGUUGGGAAUGAACUCUUGAAGGAAGUAGUCGAUGAUGUUUUGAAAGUAUCUUCAGUCACAGACAGUACUGAGAAGGGUCUAUUGGUUUUUAAUACAUUAUCAUGGCCAAGAGCAGAGAUAGUAAAGAUUCCAGCAUGUAAUGGAUUAGGUGCCUUACAACAACAUUCUAAAGAUAAAGAAUCAGGAUAUGUUUUAGUAUUUGAAGUUAAUGAUGAAUUCUAUUGUUUGGAAAAUGAAUUUUUAAGUGUGAAGAUUGACAAACAUGGACGUAUAACUAGUUUAGUUGACAGAGAAUUCGAGUAUGGAAUCUUGCCAAUAUUUUGGGAUGCAUGGGAUGCAGGACUCGGGGUUGUUCAGAUUCAUGAAGAAGGACCAUUCUAUGCAUCACUUUUAUUGAAAACAAAUUUAACAAGAACAAGUAGUUUAGAACAAGUAAUCUCAUUAAGCGCAGUCUCUCGAAGGUUAGAUUUUGAAACAAAAGUUGAUUGGAAUGAAAAUCGGCAAUUCUUGAAAGUGGAAUUCCCGUUCGAUAUAAAUAGUGACUAUGCUACAUAUGAAACACAAUUUGGAUUUAUUCAACGACCUACACAUUAUAACACAUCAUGGGAUUACGCUAAAUUUGAAGUAUGUGGACAUAAAUUUGCAGACUUGUCUGAAUAUGGAUAUGGAGUUGCUUUGAUGAACGAUUGUAAAUAUGGUUACUCUACUCAUGAUAAUGUCAUGAGGUUAUCAUUAUUAAGAUCACCAAAGGCGCCAGAUGCAAACUGUGAUAUUUGUAAACAUGAAUUUAAAUAUGCAAUUUUACCCCAUAAUAAAUCAUUUUUGGAAUCUAAUGUCGUUAAAGAAGCGUACCAAUUCAAUGUUCCUUUGAUUACAAGAUUUGUUUCUAAGGAAACAAUACGAAAACAUGAGUCGAAAUCAUAUUUUUCGAUUGAAAAUGCACCGAAUGUAAUUUUGGAUACUGUAAAACGUGCAGAAGAUUCAAAUGAAAUAGUUUUAAGAUUAUAUGAAGCUUACGGUGGACAUGCAAAAGCUAAAUUAAAAAGCUAUUGA